UUAACUUCGUAUUUUGAGGCAUGUCUGUGCAAACGGCCGUGGCGUCGUCAUCACCCCCAAAGUGUGGCUUGUGCCAUCUUGUGGCAUCACCUUAAAAAUGUCAGAUCUACACAUGAUGCCAUCACCCCCAAACAUCGGCAGUGGGAAACGCUGUGGCAGGUCGAGGCACCAUCUGCUGACGUCAUUUGUCCGCGACGAGAAAUCUACGAUGGCCGAAUCAGAGACAAAAAAGGCAAUCAAGUUGGUUCCAGAGUAUCUUCUGAAAAAGAGGAAGGCAUACCAGGCAAUCAAAGCCACGCAAGCCAAACUCGCACUGCUCGAGAAGAGAAGGGUGACUAAAGGGAAAAUCAAGUUCAAGCGUUUGGAAGAUUUCUUAAAGGAAAGCCACACACAGCAUCGGGAUGACACCCGCAUCCAAAGGGUCAAACAGAGACCAGCUGAACCACUGCCUCCAGCCAAGAACAAGCUUGCCUUCGCCGUCCGCAUUAGACAGACUAAAGGUGUCAGCCCUAAAGUGAUGAAAGUGAUCCAGAUGAUGAGGCUGAGGAAGAUCUUCAGUGGGAGCUUUGUCAAAAUUAACAAGACCUCCAUCGCCAUGAUGAAGAUGGUGGAGCCUUAUGUGGCGUGGGGAUUUCCCAACCUGAAGUCGGUUCGUGAGCUCAUUCUGAAGAGAGGUCAGACCAGGAUAGGCAGAAGGAGAGUUCCCCUCACAGAUAACACCUUCAUCGAGGAGCACAUGGGUAAACACGGAAUUAUCUGCUUGGAGGACCUGAUUCACGAGAUCUACUCUGUUGGGAAGAACUUUCGAGCUGCCAAUAACUUCCUAUUGCCGUUCAGGCUGUCAGUGGCUCGUCACUCCAUCAAAGACAAAGCUGGGCUCCUGAAGGACCUGGGAAACCCAGGGUACCGUGGCACAGAUAUCAAUGUAAUCAUCAGACAGCUGAACUGAGGGGGAGCACGUGCAGGAUGGACACUGGGUUGGACAUCAGUUUCAGAGACACUGUACCUGUUGAGGAGCAGUUGUCACUUCUUUGGCAGAGAAGGUCUUAUUACUCGUUCUGUGGAGGCUCUUGCCUCAUCCUGUAUGAAUUAUAUUAAAAUAUUAAAGUUAACACAUACAUUAAGAUUCCUCAGGUUUUCUGAGGAACAGUCAAUACUUGCUACUUACGCAAGGUUAAUGAAAUGAUCUAGGAGGGCUGUUCUCCAUGCUGAAGCCAGCAGCCCACCUGCUAUAAACUCUUAUGGGGUCUGUAACCUCCAGUGUCAAUAGGUUUAAUGUGUGCAGCAUGCUCACAAAACUGAUUGCUGUUAUUGAAGAGGGUGAUGGAUGGUAUUGAUUUAUGUUAUAAUACUUUUUGUUUUACAAUUAAAAAAACUAAACUAAA